AUGUCAAAGUUCCCAAUGUGUGCACAUCAGUUGAAACAGUCCAAGAAAGUAGUCAGAGCACUUCUUACGAGAGUGGGUAGUAACAUAUCUCUACCAGCAUGUGUUCCACAAGAGCAGGAAUCACUGGCGAGUCAGACCGAGUCUGCAACGCCGGGCUCUUAUCAAAAGCCAAUCCUCUUACAACUGACGCCCGUGACCACCACAAGCGAGCCUCUGCCCAGUCCCAGCACACAGAAAGAAAAAUCUCUUGAAGAUACCGAAGUCUCGAGCAAAGCUAGCCAGAAGAGCCAAAAACAGCAGCACUCGGAGCUUAUGUCGAGCGUUAGCACUCUGUACGCUAAUCUGCUCGUUGUGGUCGGUGUGGCGGUGCCCGUGACUGUCAGCGUAAGCCAACAAGUGCCCAAAGCUUUGGAUCAGGUCUUUUAUCUCUACUUGUACAUGGUGAGCGUAGCUUUCGUCGUUGCGAUGUAUGGUACGUUGGCACGUGACAAGGCUCUCAAAAAAAUGAUCGUCAAGCAUCAGAAAAAAUCUCACAACUGCACCAUAGACUGUAAAAACCACUUGAGACGCCAACAGAUGGCACAACAGCGUCAACGGCAUUAUGGUAGCUUUUGUCUUCGCCUCGGCACUGUCGGCUUCGGAGCCGGCAGCCUCGUCUUUACCGGCUUGCACAUCGGCGCCGAACUCGCAUCCGAACCUCUCAGGGCCAUCGUGCCGGGAACGCGGCUGCUUCUCGUUACGGCGCAGAUGCACUUUAUUUUCCUCAACAGCAAGGACCUCUCGUUUACGAGGCAUGAGGCGCUUGCCAAGCUAGGGCUUAUGCACCUCAUCGCCACCAACAUUUGCGAGUGGCUUAAGGUAAAACGAAUGUUAAAAUAAUUCAUGUACCUUUUUCACACAACAGUUGCAGCUUCUGUAGACACAACUAUGAAAACGAGAUAGGAGGUGCACAAAAAAGGCUUGGUAUAUGUUUAAGGCCACAUAGAGAUUUUGGGGUGUCUUUUAAAACUAAC